GUGGGGAUCCCAACAUCACACAGUGCCACUUUGGGACCCCACAGGCCAUGCCAGAGUCCCCAUUCCAUGGGGUGGUGAAGGGGGAUGGCACAGCGUGGCACCCCAGGGGCCAGCAGUGGCCACCCCAGGCCUUGCACCUCUGCCCCACUCCCAAAAGAGGUAGAGACCCCCUGAGAAAAGUGGUUCUGCUGAGUUUGCAGGGUUAGGUGGGAGCGGGGCGCUGCCAGGUCCAACGCCCUGCGCCCACACGGGGCAGGACCUGGCUGUGACGCAGUGGGUUGGCAUCCCGGGGGCUGGCAAGGGUGCCAGGCUCUGUGGGAGGCAAAGCAGCGCUGCCGACACAGCUGAGCACACCUGAGCUGCCCCUGCUCUGCCCGGCUGCCACCCAGCAGCGGGGAGCCCCUGGGGGCUGUGUACACACCCCCUGCCACGGGGACUGGCACAGAGCUGGGCACGGAGGGCACCGCUCCUUCCUGCUCCGCCGCGGGUCCAUGACUGGAGCCGGCGCUGGGCUGAACCGGGCACACGGGUGCUGGGCAGCCCUGGGACACCACAGUGCUCCGGAUGAGAGGACUCUGAUCACCAGCCUGCCAUCGCGCCCUGGCUAUGCCCCGUGCUGGACACUGCCCACCCCACAGCCCCCGGUGAGCGGGGAAGGAGCCUGAGCCUCCUCCAGGUUGGGUGACUCUGGGUCUCCUCGGCUGCCAUGGAUUGGAAAACGCUGCAGGCGCUGCUCAGCGGGGUCAACAAGUACUCCACAGCCUUCAGCCGCAUCUGGCUCUCCAUGGUCUUUGUGUUCCGUGUGCUGGUCUACGUGGUGGCGGCCGAGAAGGUCUGGGGCGACGAGCAGAAGGAUUUUGAUUGCAACACACGGCAGCCGGGCUGCACCAACGUGUGUUAUGACCACUUCUUCCCCAUCUCCCACAUCCGCCUCUGGGCCCUGCAGCUCAUCUUUGUCACUUGUCCUUCCCUCCUGGUCAUCAUGCACGUGGCCUACAGGGAGGACCGCGAGAGGAAGAACCGGGAGAAGAAUGGAGAGAAUUGCCCCAAGCUCUACAGCAACACGGGCAAGAAGCACGGCGGGCUGUGGUGGACCUACCUGUUCAGCCUCAUCUUCAAGCUUAUCAUAGAGAUCCUGUUCCUCUACCUCCUCCACAAGAUGUGGGACAGCUUCGAUUUGCCACGGCUGGUCAAGUGCUCCAACGUGGAUCCCUGUCCCAACACCGUGGACUGCUACAUCGCCCGGCCAACCGAGAAAAGGGUCUUCACCUAUUUCAUGGUCGGAGCCUCCUCCAUCUGCAUUGUCCUCACCGUCUGUGAGAUCUUCUACCUCAUCUUCAAGCGAGCUGUCCAGAGGGCAAGGAAAUGGAGGAAAUCCACCAAGCGCUCCGUCAGCUACAGCAAGGCCUCCACCUGCCACUGUCACACCAAGUCAGAGGAGAAGGACAACAAGUCCCAGCCCAGGUGUGUGGCAGCCCUAACUGCUGUCUGAGGGGUGCUGGGCAGGGUGGUGGGGGAAAAAGUGUCCUGGUAUGUGCCAGGGAUGGUUGGUACCAUGGGUGACCAUCAGUGGUGCCACCACCAGACUCUUCAGCCAGGACCUCAGUGGCUGUGAGGGGAGGGGGACACAUCCAUGGGAACUCUCUUGCUUGGGACCACGGGCACAUCCCUGGCUGUCCCAGUGCUGUGGACACGCUCGGUGGCAGGUGGGUGCUGGCUGUCCAUGGCCAUGCCUGAGUGUGUCUGUUCUUCCCACAGAGGAGAAGAGCUGUGAGCUCACCCGUCCCAGCUGGUUCCCAUUCCCCUCAACUUGGCUUUUCCAGCCUGCCAAAUCCUCAAACCCUCAAGAGUCAACCCGUGUGAAAAAUGACUAAACCCAGUGAAGUAAUGUCCCUGGAGAGAGACCCAUGGGUGCCUGAGCAGAGAUAAGGCAAGGACAGCUCUGGAGCUCUGCAGGUGGCAGUGCCACAAGCAUGGACAUCACAGCAGCACACAGACCCUCCAUGUCCCGCUGCUCCCAUGCCGGGUGUGAGUGCACCAAGCUGGUGCCCAGCCAGGGCUGCUGUCACCAGUGCAUGCCAGUCCUCCCAGCUCACUGCUCCUCACACAUGCGCUGCUUUCUUUUGUACCAAGACACCAAAAGAAUUCUGGGCUCCGUGACCAGAGCUCUCUUCAUGCACCCAAAGUAAUGACAAAGGACCAGGGCUCCUGUUAGCAAUUGUUCUGCUGGCCCAGUUUGCCCGGUUUGCCAUUUCUCCCCCUUGGCUCACACAAGCACCAAGCCAUGUCCUGCCCAAAAGCCCUUGCUGGCUCUGCUGCUUCCCUUGGUGCCUGUGUCCCCCCUCACCUCAGAUGCACAUCACACACGGAUCCAAAAGGCCAAUAAAUGCCGUGUUUGGAGACACCAAGAUCUGCUCUGCACGCUGGAAACUGGGGGACUGGUGAGGGCAGAAGACAUGGACUUGCAGAGGUUCCUCAGGAGCCCACAGCCAGGCCCUUCUCAUCCGCCUAAGCUGGGCUUUGGUUGAGCCCACAGCCGCGCUCACGUCCGCCCGUUCCGCCUCUCCCAGCUUGUCACGCGUCGUUAAACUUUAAUUCAGCAGAACCUCACGCUGGCCCCCAAGGAAAUCAAGGAGGGAUGAGCAUCAAUUAUUUACUAAACCUUGAUAAAUAUUACAAUAAAUAGAAAUGAUUU